AUGGAAACCCGCGCGCGAUCGAACGCGCGUCUCGCGCUCCUUCCCCCGGAUCCCGACGCCCCCAGCCUGCGCGUCGACGGCGUCGUCGCGUGCGCCAUCUUGAAGCGCGUGCCGAACGUCCUCGACAGGCUCGCGCUCGCGGAGGCGAGCAAAGUCUUCUGGGAGGCUUCGAAAGAGGCCGCGUCGUUGCCCGACGCGCUCGACUUCACCGACGGCUCGGACGACGCGCGACUUAAACGACACGACCGACAGCUCAUCGGCGGAGAUCGCCUCGACAGACUGAGAUACAUCCUCAACAUCAACGGCGUGCUGAGAGAAGAGUGGCGCGACGAGCCGACCGACUACCUCUUCCCUCACUUGGGCCUAUGCGGCGACGCCAACGAGAGGAGUUACUCUUAUGACAUGGGGUUUCUCUGGCGAGACAUGUUGGAAAUCGCAGACGAUGAUUUCCAGGACACGCCUUCGGAGGGUAUUGAAUGGCUCCAAAAAGCUGCGAGCAUCGGCAGCAACGAUGCUAAGUACUUCCUCGGUCAGAUCUACUUGAACCGGUACUUCGACCUUCGUAACGCCGAUAUUGAAGAAGCGAUAAAGUGGUUUCGCAUGCACGCAGAGUGCGGUGGCCCUUACUUGGAUGAUGAACACGAUCCCAGCGAUGGGGCCGAGCAGCUCUGCCUUAUUCACUGGGGGCGCGAGGAGUUCGAAGACGCGUUCAAGUGGGCUUCGAUAGCCUUCGACCCGGGCGGCGGCAACCUCGAUGCGGCGUACGUGGUCGCUCGGUGCUACGCACAGGGCCUCGGCGUUAAGAAAGACGAAGUGAAGGCGGUCGAGCACUAUCACGCGGUGGUCGAAUACGAGACCUCUGAUUUUUUUGCCUACGCCGCACUUGAGCUAGGUAACGCGUACGAAUCCGGCAAGGGCGUUCGGAAAUGUGUUCCAACGGCGAUCGAAUACUACAAAAAGGUUGUCUCUCACGACGGAUUAGCCGUCGAUGGGGCGCGCGACGCCCUCGCAGCUCUCGGCGUCGACGCAUAG